ACAAUUACUUUGAACUCCUUAUGAUAACGGACCGCGUAUACUGCAGUGAAAUACACUUUAUCAUAAAUACAGCUUUUUAAUCAGUACCCACUUAUAUCACCAAAAGAGUUUGUAAUUCUAGCAAUAUUAUGAGAAUGCAACAUGUACAAUAUUUGACAGUUGGUGCUCACCAGUUAAUAAGGUUUACCAAUAGAAGGAAAUGUAUGACAGUUUAUGGAUAUGUAGAUAAUUUUGCAAGGGUAGUUUGUAGCUCAAAUUAAUCAAUUACGUCAUCCGAAAUCACAUAAAUACAGUACGCAAUACUAUGAAGGUAACCACUACACAUUAUUUCCAUAAAACUACCAUCUGGGAGUCGACCGGUGUGAACCAUGUGACUCCUGCGCGUUCCUGUGUUUGCAUUAUUUACAAUUAAAAAAACAGUUGUUUAGAAACAACUGGAUUUGCAGUGAAAAGUAUGAUAGAAUACAUUUUAAAACUGCAGGGUAUUUUCACGAUAUUCCUUCAUUUUAAUUUAUUGAGACAAUAAAUAUAUAUACAUUACGCUGAAUGAAGUUUUGAUUGCUCGCGCGUGCGUUGGUACGUUGAAUCUUCUUCUGUACCUAUCUGGCCAUCAGACCGGUGUUUUGGCAGGGUCGAGGUUAUGUUUUUUUUUCAAAACUCAUGUUUCGUUAUGUAAUUAAUUAAAUAUUAGAGUUUUGAUUAAGUCUCAUAAUUUGUAAAUUGCAAUUAUACCGUUUAUGUGAAGCUCGGUUUGUGGAAGUCGACCACUAGUCAAAGAAAGAGGAACGAAACAAGCCCGCGAAUUUUGUAUUGUACUGUUUGUUGCUGCAAAGUACUCGUCGAAAAUAUGGACACUCCCGCUGCUACACCACUGUUUGUAGAAUUUAAGGAUCAAGUUUUGUUUGCGGAGUUUUCGCCGUACGAGUGGUCCCCAAAUUUAAUUUGUAUUGCUUUUCAUAAUAAUAUUUCAGUGGGGAGGAUAAAAUUCCAGGAGGAAGAUGAUGAAAUGGAAGAAGAAAUAGAUUUUCAGGUAUUGCACAAAUUUUUCCAUGAAGUCAGACCUGAUUGUCUUGCAUGGAAUCCAGAAUCAUCUAUAAGUACAUUGCCAAAACAUGUAAGCUUUUGUACUGGAGGAGCUGAUUAUCAGUUACGCCUCUUUGAAAGUGACCUAUCCAACAACCAUUCCAUCCAAGUCCUAGAAGGGCAUACAUACUACAUCAAUAGCAUUGCGUAUGACAUGGACGGGGAGUACCUUGCUUCAGGUAGUGAUGAUUCUACAUGCAGAUUGUGGGCAAUAAAAGACAAAUAUUCAUGCUUUGCUGUUAUGAAUUUUCGUACUGCAGUGGUUUCAGUAUGUUUUCAUCAAGAAGAGCCUGGAAAACUAAUGGUAGCUCUAAAGAAAGGGAAAAUAAUUCAAGUUAAUGUAAAUACCCAACAAAGGAUUAUGACUUUUGAUUGUGGAACUGAACCCCUUUUAUCAGCAGAUUGGUCACCAAGCAAUAGUUUGUGUGUUGUGGCAGUUGCUGAACAGGAACUAACAUGGUGGGACACUUCAAAAUCUAGAAAUCCAGUUGAGUCACGAAUGAUUCAUACCACUAAUGCUUGUGCUGUGCGUUGCUGCCCCUUGAGCGAUACCUAUGUUGCUACAUUUGGAGAACCAGAUCAUCAACUCAAAGUGUUGAGUCUCAAUUCUAAUGUGCCGCAAUUAAUAGCAAAUUUACAGCUUACAACAAACAUUUCUUGGCAUCACCACCUUCCAUAUGUGUGUGCUGGAAAUGAUUACCAGUUAGGCUUCUGGAAAGUGACAACAAAGUGAUGUGUGUUUUUUAAAUUAAUCUGUAACAAACUUAAAUUUCCUUAUGUAUUGUUUAUAAUAAAUAUUAAUGAAAGAAUUAGAAUUUGAAUGUAACUGAAAACCACUAAAAGAACUUUAUUGGUGAAUUUUUAUACACAAAAAAUAACUACUUUGCACUGCUUCAAUCUUUCCUUCUUCCAUCAUCAGUUUGUUGAGAUGUUCCUGGCACAAGAGGCUUCUUGAAUGGACGUGCACGACCCCCAAAUCGGAGUUGUCCAGAUUCCUUUUUCCCUCCAAAACCUCCCCCUAAUCUUCGAGGGAUCCAACCAGGAAGUAAUCGCUCACACUCGAAAUCCACAAAUACUAGGUUACCAUCCACAGUAAGUUUGCUACUUCUGACAUAAGCCAUUGAAGCUGAUGAUUGAUCUUCAAAUUCCACAAACCCAUAUCCUUUAGAUGUACCAGUCACAAUGUCUCGUACAACUCUGCAUCUCCGUAUUCGACCAAAACUUACAAAUGCCUUUUUCAAAGAUUUUUCUGUGGUUGAUUUUGACAAUUUUGCAACAAAUAAUGUACAUUCAGGGUUACCCUUCACAUUUCUAUCAGGGAAAUAUUCUGCCUCAAGUGCUCUCUCAAUGCCAUGAUCAUGAGGUUCUGUGUCUGUUCCAUCAAUACUCCCAGCUUUCAAAGGAUCAUAUUUUUUAUGCAACCUAGACCAGUCUGCACGACUAUGCUUGGAAUAUGGAUUUACGCUAGCCAUUAGGGUUGGCCAAUUACCAUCUUCUGACAACUUGAGACAGGUAUAUAAUAGGUAUCACUACACAAUUAGAAUGAAAACCAUCCAGGUGCACCAGGUCUAUCCUUGUUCCUGUCUACAAAGUUUUUGAAAUGCUUUUUCAGUUCUUUUUGGGUUUUAUCUUGUUCACUUUCCUCUUCCUUUGGAUAGAGUUCUGGAAACUCAAAUGUUUUCCCCUGAGGCAAUGUUACAUAUGCCAACUUGUAGUCAUCAUCUUUCACAACAUAUCCUUUACCUGGGUCCUGGCGAGUUUC